UUUGUUUCCUUAGUGAGGCAGAUGGCGAAGCAGCAGCCAUCUUUUUUUAGUAAUUACAUUUGCUGUCUACUGCACCCCUUCUCUGAGAAGAUUAGCUUUAAGUAAUUUGUCAAAUGUGAUAAGGUAGUGGUUGGUGCAAUUAAGAAAGCAUGGCAUUAGCUGGGAUUUGUUGUGUAUAUAAAGUCAGUGGUAAAUGCAAAACUGGUGCUCCUUUACAGAAUGGGCCAAGCUGCUACUCUGCCUUGUAGGAGAGGGGAGUCUUAUGUUACAGAGCUGUAUGAAUGGUUCAGAAAGUUUAUUAAUGAAUGUCCAAGUGGGCUGAUCACUCUUCAUGAGUUUCAAAGGCAUUUCUGCAAUGGAACAGUGGGCAGUGAGUCAGCUGAGUAUGCAGAACAGAUAUUCCGCACACUGGAUAGUAAUGGGGACGGGGUGGUUGAUUUCAGGGAGUAUGUCAUGGCCAUCCACAUGCUUAUUGAAGGUUCAGCUGUGGAGAAACUGAGCUGGUCUUUCAAGCUCUAUGACAAAGACAGGGACGGAGCCAUUACAAAGGAGGAAAUGCUGGAGAUCAUGCAGGCUGUGUAUAAGAUGAGUGUAGCCGCAGCUUUGACCAAACCCAACCCACUCACAGCCGAAGAAUGUACCAACAGGAUAUUUGUGAGAUUAGAUAAAGACAAUAACGCCAUCAUCAGUCUGGAGGAGUUUGUAGAGGGAGCGCUGGACGAUGAUUGGAUCAGAGAGAUGCUGGAAUGCGACCCCAGCACGGUGAAGGUGGAGAGGCCCCAGAGGAGGGACACCGCUUUGGGGACCCAUGGUUGACCUGAAGCGGGGUAUUCUAUUCACUGGCUGCAGAGAAGUGAACUAGUUGAAUUCAGACUGGUAUUUCCAGGAAUCAUUUCAGCAGUGUAGCUUCCAUUUGCUGCAACAAAUUAUAUCACUGUCUGUUGAAUAACUUCAAGAUAGACACUGGAGAGCAUUAGGAAAUGUGCAUACAGUAAUGUAGAUAGCAUUUUUUGUCACAAUAUUAGCAUUCGUUUCUGCCUUGCUGUUUUAUUUUGUAUUAUGUUUUCUGGUGCAAUUUGUUGCUAACGCCACCUUGAUCAGCUACAGCAUUAAAAUGCCACUUGAAUGUUAAUGCAUUAGUAACAGUAAUCCAAUAAUAUACAACCUGAAAAAACACAUUCUCUAAAUUGUAGGUUACUUUUAAAUGCUUAAGAACUUCUUGCUGUUAAUAUUUCAUUACUUUUACUUAAAUAAAACUUUGG